AACUGUCGAACAUGUCGCGCUCAUUGCUGUCCAGCCUUUGUGCCCUGCUCUGUCUAGUGGCAGUGGCCAGGUCUAUGCCCGUGCAGGAGGAUGAGGUGACCAGCCAGGGCCCACGCAUUGUGGGCGGCUACGUGACGGAUGUGUCCCAGACGCCCUACCAGAUCUCGCUGCGGUACAAGGGGAUUACGACGCCAACGAAUCCCUUCCGCCACAGGUGCGGAGGCUCCAUCAUCAGCAGUACGAUGGUCGUGACUGCGGCCCACUGCAUCAUUGGCACGGUGGCCAGUCAGUUCAAGGUGGUGGCCGGGACCAACCUGCUCAGCGGCACCGACGGCAUCAUCGUCUCCGUGUCGAAGAUCAUCAUGCACGAAGAGUACUUCUCUGGAGCUGCCUAUAACAACGAUAUUGCCCUGCUGAUUGUGGAUCCGCCGCUGCCGGUCAACAACUUCACCAUCAAGGCCAUCGAGUUGGCCUCGGAGCCCCCGCUGGCCGGUGCCGUCAGCAAGAUCAGCGGUUGGGGAACCACUUCCUCGGGCGGCGUUGCCUCCAACGUACUGCUCGCCGUCGAUGUCCCAAUCGUGAGCAACGAGGACUGCAACAAGGACUACGAAGACUUUGGCGAUGAUACCUACCAGAUCACACCAGCCAUGCUGUGCGCUGGCGUACGUGGAGUGGGUGGCAAGGAUGCCUGUCAGGGUGACUCCGGCGGCCCGCUGGUCGUCCGCGAUCAGCUCCACGGCGUUGUUUCCUGGGGCAACGCCUGUGCCCUGGCCAACUAUCCCGGUGUCUACGCCAGUGUCGCGAACCUGAGGCCCUGGCUUGAUUCCAAGAUAGCGGAAGAAGCAAAUCUCUGAAACAUAAAACAUCAUCUAAUCUGUAAGCACCGCUUAAUCUCAUGUCACAUGAGGUUAUAUCAAUAAAUGGGUAUUUUAUUGGCCAUGAAGUUUCCAA